GGUGUUUUACUUUUUACUGCCUCUACCGAAAUCAAACAAUGGGUAGUUGUGUCCUGGAAAAUCAAUGGAGUUUGAACUGCAAGCUGAAGAUGGUUCGAAUUUCACACUGACAACCGCCGCUACAGCUUUGUUCGGAAGAGACUCCGGUUUCAACACCCACGACCGCACCGUUUCUCGCCGUCACGUUUCAUUCCAACUCAACAACCCAGAGACUUCUCCUCCUAGGGUUUCAUUCCAAGUCAUCGGAAACAACCCCAUUUGGGUGUCCACCACCACCAACCACGGCGGAGCAACGCUUAAGCUCUUCAGGAAGUUCGAUGAAGGCCACUUGGAACUCGGGGACCGUUUCUCCUUGUCCGGGAAAGCACCCUUCUGGUUCCAUUUCAAGGAAAAGGGUCCAAUUGCUGAACCUGAGCUUAACUCUGACCAAGUUGUUGAUGUUUCAGGAAUUGAUCCUGUUAAAGAGUUUGGUUUUCUAGUGAUCGGACACGAGUUUGAUCAGUAUCCCAAGGGCGUGAUCCGGAAUGCGAAGGAUUGGGAGUGGUUCCUGGAGGAACCUAGCAAAGAUAGUGAGGAUGACGAGGAUUUUGAGGAGAGGAGGAAAAUGAGGAGAAAGCGAAAAUCAUUUAAAGAUAAUGAAGAUGACAAGUGGACUGGUGACAGUGAAGAUGACAGGGUAGUUGUUGCUAAGACAGGGAAAGGUAAGAUACCCAAGUACACAACAAGAUCUAAAGAUAGGAAAGGACCUAACAAAGAGGCCAUAGGUAGUAGCAAUUCUAAAAGAAAAAAAGCAGUUAGUGUCAAUGAAACUGUUGAAAAGGAUGAAGAAGAUGAUGAUGAAACACUAGGAGGCUUCAUUGUUACUGAUGAAGAAGAAGAUGAAGAAGAGGAAAAUGAUGGAGAUGAAGAGGAGGAAGAGUUUGAAGAAGAUGAUGAUGAUGAUGUAGUGGAGGAGUAACUAAUGUCAAGGGAAACAACAAACUUGUGCUCCUGGAUACGGGUUCUGGAUGUUUUUAAUGUUAGUACAUAGUUUUUACUUUUCAUCAUAAUGAUAUCAUUUUCAUUUGUUUUUUUUUAUUGAAUUGUUGUAUGUCUAGUAGUAUAGUUUCUGCUCAAUGCGAGAAAUUGGCAAUGUUUUAGCUUAGUGAAAAAUCAGCUAAUGGGAUGACGAGUUUUGUAGAUACGAGUUGCUUCAUGAAGUUGUUUAAUUUUUAUGUUU